AAUGAUUAAUAUAAAUUUAACAUAAAUUAUUUCAAAUAUAAAAUAUAUUUUAUUUGGAAUAUUUUAUUAGGGACUUGCAUAUUAAAAGAAUCUUUAAAAUUUAAGUUCUCUGUCUCUUAAUUUAUUAUCAAACUGCAAUUUUUGUUCUACGAACAAAUGUUUUUACAAUUUAUGUCUGAUUUAGAAUAAUCAUAUCUCAAGGCUAUGUUCAUAAAAAUAGUCUCCUUGAAUGGUUUUCUGAACAAUUAAGCAUUACCUUAUCACAUAUUGUUACAUAAUACAUUAUAUUUAUUUAUGCACACGAUAACAACAUGAGCGAGAGAGGUGGAUGGGCAUUGGUGUUUGCGGUAGAAGACGUUGCUACAGGAAAAGAAUAUGCGCUUAAGAGGCUCAUCGCUGUGGACGAGGAUGCAAAUGGAAUCAUCGUGCAGGAGAUAGAAACACUGAAGAGGCUGUCGGGUCAUCCAAACAUCAUUCAGUUCCUGUAUGCUCAACGGCUCGAGCGAGAGGAUCGCAAGGGUUACGAGUAUCUGGUGGUCACCGAGUUGUGUCCAGGUGGUACUGUAGCGGAUGUACUCAGAAACGUAUCUGCGAAUACGUUAACCCUCGCUCAGGUGUGUAAGAUAGCCUAUCAGGCAACGAGAGCGGUGCAUCACAUGCACAGCCAGCAAUCGGAACCGUUCGUGCAUCGGGACAUCAAGUUGGAGAACUUCUUGCUCGGGAGAGACGGCCUCGUGAAACUCUGUGACUUCGGUAGCGCCUCAACCCAACAGAUAUUACCGGAUCCAUCAUGGAGCGCUCAAAAACGUGCCACUCUGGAAGACCAGAUGGCCAAAUACACAACCCCCAUGUACCGCGCCCCGGAGAUAAUGGAUACAUGGAACAAUGAACCGAUUGGACCUCCAGUAGACUGUUGGGCUUUAGGAUGUAUAUUAUAUGCCCUGAUCACGUUGCGACAUCCUUUCCCCGAAGGUAACAAAUUGGCAAUUGUAAAUGGCAAGUAUCCACCGGUACCGCCUAAUCCGCGGUACGCGUGUCUGCAUGAUCUGGUGAAAGGGUGCCUACACACAUCGCCCAUACAGAGGUUGACGACAGCACAGCUGCUGGAACGUCUGGCAGCGAUCGCCGAGUCGAACAAUUUCGAUCCCCGAGAACCAGCGGGGAUCGAAGUCACGAUCAAGCCGUCACCGCCUCCACGCCCGACGCCGCCGCCACCAGCAAAUACGCCUACGCCACCCCCUCGUCCCACUCCACCGGCAGCAGCAAUGCCACCACCGAGGCCAGCGCCCGUGCAGACGACAGUGUCCAAGCUUCCGGCGACACAAGGUACAACGGGCCUAUUUAACUCGCUGAAGGGCGGUGCUGGUAGUAUCCUGCGCAAUCUGAAGGAUACCUCCAGCAAAGUGAUGCACACCGUCCAGCAGAGCAUGGCCAGAACGGAGCUGGAUGCGAGUUACCUGACGUCUCGCAUACUCGUCAUGCCGUACCCGGCCGAUGGGAUCGAGUCCGCCUAUCGGGCCAAUCACGUGGAGGAUGUGCGGGCCUUCCUGCAGGCCAGGCACCCACCGCCAGCCAAACUCCAGCUGUACAAUCUGUCCCGUGGCCGGCCGAAUGUCACGAGGCUACCAGGUCGUCACAUCGAUUGCUCGUUCGCCUACGCCACUCCGGAAUCGAACGCGCCCAUGCUGUUCGCCCUCUACCAGAUCUGCCAGGAUAUUUAUCAAUAUCUCAAUGCCGACUUUAACCACGUGGUGGUGUUAUAUUGUACUGAUGGAUACCGAGCGAGCGCCACCAUUGUGUGCACUUUAUUAAUUUACUGCGGGGCUUUGACCACCAGUGACGAAGCGAUCGCCCUGUUUACGACGAGACGCUGCCAACCGCCGCACCUGCAGCCCUCGGAACUACGCAGCGUUAAUUACAUGAGCCUGUUGAGUAACGGCCGGCGUCCGCACACCAGGCCGCUGGUGCUUCGUUCCGUCAUCGUACAACCGGUACCGUUGUUCACCAGAGCGAGGGACGGUUGCCGACCGUACAUCGAGAUCUACAGCAACGGCGCGUUAGUGUUCACGACGAAGAAGGCCCUCUACGAAGAAAUGAAAUUGUUCGGAAUGAUGGAGGGCAAGGUUUGUCUGAUACUUGGAGACGCGACAGUGCGCGGGGACGUCACCAUGGUGAUAUAUCAUGCCAGGCAGCAGCUGGGCCGCGUGAUCGGUAUCAAGAUCGCCGCGUUGCAUUUCCACACCGGCUACGUGCCCGUAACCGAGAACGCGAUGACAUUCGAAAAGCGCGACCUGGACGACGCGCCCGAGAUCGGCGGCAAGUUCCGCGUUGUGUUGAACGUCAUGAUAGGCGAGGAAAAUGCAAAAUUGUCGAGGGUGCCGGCGCCGUGGGAAACGCCGGAAACGAGCGUGAAACCCGAGCCGGACCCGCUGUUUGGCUCGACGCUGGAAAUGGAGGAGACGCUGGAAAACUUCAGAACUGCUCCUCGUUCAGAAGAGACUCUCAAGAUGAUGCCGAACGAAACCGAUACGAAAGCAGCUCCGCAGCACGAAGCGGCACCACAACAGCCGGAAAUCCCGCAGGAGGAAGUGGUAGAGAAGAACGAAGAAAUUAACUUUCAGGAGGCUGAUUUGUUGAACCUCGGCAUACCUAACAGCAGCGGUGAUACCUCAAAUACUCCCGCCGCCACGGCGGCAGACCCGGGAUUAGAUAUCUUCUCUGGUUCUAGUCAGAACGACAGCGAUCUCUUGGGUGGUUUCGGCAUGUCGGCGCCGCAGGCUGAAACCGCCAAUUCCGCACCCUUAAUUAACAAUAGCGCCUCGGCCGAUUUGCUGUUUGGGCACGGCAAUUCCGCGACCACGAGGAGCAACAAUGCCGCCAACAACAGCCACCUGAACAUGAACGACUUGCUGUUCGGGCAGAAUAAUCAAACGCCGGGCAACGUCAAGGAAAUGAACGACUUACUGUUCGAUCCGCUUGGUGGAAGCGCCACGUGUAAUUUUCUCAGCGGUCUCGCGGCGGGCUCCACCGCGAAGAGUCCGAGCAACCCUGAGGAGAGCUUCCCACGAAACGCGAGCGUGCCGAACUUCGCUGCUCAGGCCAAUAAGGACCCGUUCGCCAAUCUGGCUGGAUCGCUGGGCGCUGGUCUCGCAGGUAGUUGGAACGGGACGCCGAGGAACUCGAAUACUCCACAGUCGGCUAGUCCGGCGCCUGCGAGCACGCCGAUCCACUCCAGCCCGAACACGAUGCACAAAACGAACGCGACGAUCAACAAUAACGACAACACGAGUGGCGGCGGUCCGGACGCCGGCAAAGCGAAGGAGAAGACGAGCGGUGACGCAUUCGAGGAUCUGCUCGGCAGCCAAGGAUACAAUUUCUUCAGCUCGCGCAAAGCCGACAAGGACAGUCCAAAGACAAUAAAUCAGAUGCGCAAGGUCGAGGCGGCUAAAACUAUGGACCCGGACAGGAUGAAAAUAGCCGAGUGGACGGAGGGCAAGAAGGGAAAUCUUCGUGCUCUACUCUGCUCCUUGCACACGGUUCUGUGGCCGGAGGCUGAGAGGUGGCAGCGCUGCGAGAUGCACCAACUGGUUACUACCGCCGAUGUCAAGAAAGCGUAUAGGAAAGCUUGUUUGGCUGUGCAUCCAGACAAGCAAACAGGCACAGCGAACGAGAAUAUAGCAAAAUUGAUCUUUAUGGAGCUAAACAAUGCGUGGAGCACGUUCGAGAACGACGCGUCGCAGCAAAAUCUAUUUAGCUAAUUUUAAUGAUCGUUACCUGUUAUCGAUGAUCUGUUUCUGUAAUUAAUUUAGUUCCUAGCGGAAAGGGAGCUAAGGGUGAAUGGGGGUCUCGUUGUCUGCGAGAUACCGCGUAAUUUCAUUCCAAAUAUAUUAUUUUAGCUAUAGAAAAAUAAAAAGAGGAAGAGAGAGACAAAAAGAGAGAGAGAGAGAGACACCAAGGUGCAAUAUAGAGAAAGUAAAGCCGUCAGGGGUGACAGCGCAGUCGGCGAAGCAGUGCUUCGGGACGCAUCUCAUUAUUGUUUCAACGCCUUAUAAACCUAGUUAAAGUGCUCCUAAAUAUAUGACUACGGCGUAACGUGUAUGUAUAUAACGCAAAUGUAAAUUAAAAAGAAGAUCCCAAAUAUACGAAGCUAUUUUCCGGCC